GAUUUUAGGCAUCAGCACCUCGGACGAAGAAACCAAUGGUUUUGCAUAAUCCACGCCAAUCAGGAUAAACUCCGGUGACGCACAGAGCAUGGUUUUCCCAUGAAGCAUCCACGUGUCGUGCUUAUUCAGUAAAUGUCUGCUUUGAAAAUGGUAGCUGCUCUGGUUCCCCGUUACACUCGCUACAGUGUCUGACUCAGUUCUCUCUCUCUCUCUUUACAAAUCAGUAAGCAGUCUUCGCGAGAGUAGAACCCAAAUCAUUUCCAGAAGAAAAGCGGAUAGGUCGGGCUGUCGAGGAUCAGACUCUGUUUUCUCCGUUUCUUUGUUUCCUCUGUCUCUCUCAGAUUCUACCCUGCAACUACAAAUUCUGGUUCUGUAUUUUGCUACCUCUUUCGUUUUUCCCUUUUGUAUCUGAACAAUGGGGAGGAUGGGAUAUCUGCUCAUGAGAACUGAUCCAGCCACGAGUGAAUUGAUCCAUUCCGAUCUGAAGGAUCUCGGCAAUGCCGCGAAGAAUCUCGCCACUCAUGCUGUGAAGUUGGGAGGCCUAGGUUUUGGGACUUCCUUUCUUGAAUGGCUGGCUUCCUUUGCUGCGAUUUAUCUGUUGGUAUUGGAUCGAACAAACUGGAGGACGAACAUGCUGACUUCACUUUUAGUUCCAUAUAUUUUCUUCAGUCUUCCUUCAGUAUUGUUCAACUUCUUCAGGGGGGAGGUUGGAAAAUGGAUUGCCUUUAUUGCAGUUGUGUUACGGCUUUUCUUCCCACGGCACUUUCCAGACUGGCUGGAGAUGCCUGGAUCAUUGAUUCUUCUCCUGGUUGUGGCUCCAAGCUUCUUCGCGCACACCCUGAGGAACAGUUGGGUCUGCCUUCUGAUAUGUCUUGCCAUUGGGUGUUAUCUGUUACAAGAGCACAUCCGUGCAUCUGGUGGGUUCAGGAAUUCCUUCACACGGACCCAUGGUAUCUCCAAUACAUUGGGGAUUAUCAUUUUGCUGGUCUACCCUGUUUGGGCCUUGGUACUCUAUAUCCUGUAGGCUCUCUCACAUGCAGCUGUGGAUUAUACUCAGCUUUGCCGCAUGAGCAAACAUAUCUUUUGUGUCAUUUGCUAAAGUGGGCUAGUGUUUAUGUUUUCUUGCCCUUAAUUAUUU